UUAACCCAAAUUGCUCAUCAAAUUCAAGAACGUCUAAAAUCAGUAGCAACCAUGGAGAAACCAAAGUUCAAGACUGUCCAAGAAAUGGUUGCAGCCGGCGAAGAACUACCGGAGAAAUAUCUCCACGCAUCCGCAGACGAUGGCAAGAGUCAACCUCUUAACACUCCAUUGCCGGAGAUGGAUAUUCCGGCCAUCGAUCUCAGUCUUCUCUUCUCUUCUUCUGAAGACGGUCGAGAAGAGUUAAGUAAACUUCACUCGGCGCUCUCUACGUGGGGGGUUGUUCAGGUGAUGAAUCAUGGGAUCAGUGAAGCGUUACUUGACAAGGUUUACAAGCUAACCAAGCAGUUCUUUGCGCUUCCGACCGAAGAGAAACACAAGUACGCUAGAGAGACAGGUAAUAUCCAAGGAUAUGGAAACGAUGUGAUUCCGGCUAAUGAUCAAGUUCUUGAUUGGCUCGACCGUUUGGUUCUCACUACUUACCCUGAAGAUAAGCGUCAACUUAAGUUCUGGCCUCAAGUCCCAACCGGGUUUAGUGAAACUUUACAUGAAUACACCAUGAAGCAACGGGUGAUGAUUGAGAAACUUUUUAAGGCUAUGGCUAGAGCUUUGGAACUGGAAGAGAAUUGCUUUUUAAAGAUGUAUGGAGAAAAUGCUUUCAUGAAUACAAGAUUCAAUUUCUUUCCUCCAUGUCCGAGGCCAGACAAGGUUAUUGGGAUUAAACCGCAUGGUGAUGGCUCGGCUAUGACUCUUCUCUUACCCGACAGAGAUGUGGAAGGGCUUCAGUUUCUCAAAGAUGGGAAGUGGUAUAAAGCUCCAGUAUUCCCCCCUAAUACAAUCGUGAUCAAUUUAGGAGAUCAAAUGGAGAUAAUGAGCAAUGGGAUAUACAAGAGCCCAUUUCAUAGAGUGGUAACAAACGGAGAAAAGGAUAGGAUAUCUGUGGCAACAUUUUGUGUACCGGAUCGAGACAAUGAGAUUAAGCCAGCGGAUGGGCUUGUGUCUGAGGCAAGACCAAGAUUGUAUAAAACUGUUACCAAUUAUGGGGAGCUCUACCACAAGUACUAUCAUCAAGGUCGAAGAACUAUUGAAGCUGCAUUUAUAUCUAAUUAAAUAUACUCUUUAAGUCUCCUUUUAGGUUUCACAAAUGGGAUUGUUUGUUUGUUUGGAACUUGGAUUGUGAGGCUGCAAUGUGUUGUGUUGCAAUUCUGAGAUAAUAAAGACUAAAGAGUCGCUAAACUAUAAACAAAAUUCACCUAUAUCAAUUAAGCCAAUCUGAAUUUUAA